CUCAGACAGGGGGCCGAUGCUGCUCAAGGCGAUGACACAUCAAAACUUAAGAGUCUCGUCACUGGCUGGCUCAGCCGCGAAUUCAAACCCACUCCCCCCGUCGACCCCGAUGACAAAAACUGUUGUGGUUUCAUCAACGAUGUGUGCGGCAGGCUACUCUGCCCAACCGAGCUGGACUGGAACGAUCCAAGAGUCAAAGCAGGGAUAAGGGAUCGUGCAGAUGGCUAUGCCGUGACCAAAAUGUCCUGGCCAGCUUUUUUGUAUGAAAAAUACAUGGCUGAUCAGGACAAUCUAGAGGAGGGCCUCUUCAAGAGCAGUCUUUUGAUUCAGGCAUUCAAGGCUAUAUUCACGUCUCCCUCUUCCGCAAAGGAGGUUACCGGUGAUGGCGAUGGUGAUGCGCAGAUAAUCAAGAUGCAUAAAGUCACACCCUGCUCGAUUGCUUACGUUUCGUGUCAGGUGCUUCUUUUUUUUUCUAUUCUUUGCCUAGCAUUAACAAUACAAUGUAACAAGUUGUGA